AAGAAUUUGAGGGAAUGAGUUUGCUGCUCACCAGGGGGAUCCACGGCGGCUUCCUGACGUUUGCUGCAAGGAAGUCUGAAAAGUUGCCUGCUUGCCAACUCACUUAUUACCAUAUUUUUAAAUUAUUUUUAAUCCGGUACACUCGUGAUGUCCGGCGAGCACAGAGAGACACAAGAGGGUAUGAAUACGUACUCUGUAACCCUCAGCGGCUCGCCGCCUUGGGGCUUCAGGCUGCAGGGUGGCAAGGACUUCAACAUGCCUCUCACCGUGUCAAGGCUGACGCCGGGCGGAAAGGCAGCUCAGGCUGCCAUCGAUGUUGGAGACUGGGUGGUGGCGAUCGGUGACGCCAACGCAGAGGAGAUGACCCACGUGGAGGCACAAAACAAGAUCAGAGAAGCGUCAGGCUCCCUCACCCUCGCCCUCAGCAGACCCUCCAAAGCGGGUGGAGACCAGAAGAUGGAAGCUCAUUACAAGGGUGAAGCAACUUACUAUGAUGAUAUCUACCAACAGUCCAAUUGGGUGUGUGUGCGCGGCAGGCACGGCCUCAGGGUGGAGAGCAUCCCCUGUUUUAUUCCCAACGACCGCAGCAAGAAGAGGCUGAUUGAGGACACUGAGGACUGGCAGCCCCGCACUGGCACCACCCAGUCUCGUUCCUUCCGCAUCCUGGCUCAGCUCACAGGCACCGACUUCAUGCAGGACCCAGAUGAUGAAAACAUGAAGAGGUCCAGGGAAAAGUUCCUCACUGAGAUUCAGAGUCCCCGCUAUGCCCGUCUGAGGGAUUGGCACCACGACAGGUCUGCUCGCGCCCUCAAUAUUAAAUCCUGCCUUGAGCCAACUCCCUCACCUGCCAAGGCCCAAGCAGCAAAUAAACCAGAUGAAUCGACAAGUGCCGCACCAAAGAGUUCUGCUCCUUCCUGCCGACCGCCGUGGGUCUCGGACCCCAAUUUUGCCGACCGCUUUCGCCCAGACAAGGUCAGCACCGUCGUGACCCAGCACCAGAAGCCAGCCCAGCCCACGCCUAUGCAGAGCCGCAGUUCCAUCCUGCAGGCUGCACAGCAGGCGCCGGAAGACAGCGGGAGGACCCCCAUAUGUGGUGCCUGCAACAAAAUCAUCAGGGGACGGUACCUGGUGGCACUGGGACGGUCUUGGCACCCGGAAGAGUUUACAUGCUCGCAGUGUAAGGCGGUCCUGGAGGAGGGGGGCUUCUUUGAAGAAAGGGGAGCCGUCUAUUGUACCAAGUGCCACGAUAACCGAUACGCUCCGAACUGUGCCAAGUGCAAAAAGAAGAUCAUAGGGAUUACAUUUUUAUCUCACAUUUCUUCUGCUCGCCACUCCCCCCCCUCCCUCCUCCUCUCCUCUCCAGACUAUGAGAAGAUGUUUGGCACCAAAUGCCAUGGCUGUGACUUCAAGAUUGAUGCCGGGGAUCGGUUUCUGGAGGCCUUGGGCUACAGCUGGCACGAUACGUGCUUCGUCUGUGCUCUCUGCCAAAUCAACCUGGAGGGGAAGACGUUCUACUCGAAGAAGGAUAAGCCCCUGUGCAAAGGCCAUGCUUUUGCUCCAGUGUGAGAGCGCGAGGUGCAUCUUCAGAAGAAGGAGCACCGUUCACUCCCUUCUCUUUACCCCCUGACACUUCCGUAGACGCACCACAUCCCUUCUUGCCACACACCUUGUUAAACUAAGUCCUUUCUCUCUGUGCUGCAGACUUUGUUUUUGUUCUCGAGGCUUAAUGCUGGCUGCACGUACCGUCACUUUACUCUGCUGUUAGGAGACUUCUGAUGGCACUGCCUCUAAUGCCAAAUGCUGUGUUGCAUAACUGGAAGGAGUCGAGGAAUUAUGUCACGCCAUCGGUAACUUUUUGACUUCCAAGUUGUUUUUAGGUCAUGAAAAAAAUGUCACCGCAGGUCACGUCGAUUUGUAGUUGUCAGCGGAGUAAUCUCCCGUCUCUGUUCUCCUCGUCCUUGUUAAUUCAAGUCACCAACUUGAAGGAGUCAUUGAGCCUCUAAUAAUGUCUCAUAUUGCAGUAAUGAUCAAGCAAUUCUCUUGCACUAAGUGUAGUGAAGUGCUGGCCCCAUACAGGACCCCAGCCCACUCAUCGGCUCUCACUGCAGCGCCCUUUAAUGUAAUGGGGGGCCAGUCGAGCAGAAAAGGAGGUGUCCAUUUCUGCUUGACUGGAUCUCCUCCACAGAAUCACUAACUACUUAUUACUUUGACUCUGGCAAGUCAGAGCGCACACUCCAGCUUGAAGAGUCAUUUAGAAUGAUGUAGUAAUUAACCCAUUUUUAAUCGUCAUACACGCGGGUGAUGGAGAUUGAUUUUUAACUUUUCCUUUGAUUUGACUUUUUUUUUUAUUAUUAUUAAAUGAGACAAAGUAAGUCUAAGUGUUCCCCAUGUCACUGUGAUAUUAUUCCUUAGAGUACUUUCACAUCACUGAAUCUGUAUUUAUAUUGCUUCAGAAGUGGCCUGUAAGUGUUGUUUUUAUUGCAGCUGAAAGUUUCAAAUAAAAUUAUUUAGUAAUUCCA